AUGCUCAGGCCCCGCAAGACUCACACCAAAUCAAGGUAUGGCUGCGAUAAUUGUCGCCGCCGUCGCGUCAAAUGCGAUGAGAUAGGCCCGCCCUGCACGAAUUGCGUCCUCCGCCGGCUGGACAACUGCAUCUACUCGCGGGUCCUGCCGGCUUCUUUAAUGGGGGAUGCAGGUGGGCGCCGCGCAAGUACACCAUCAAGCACAAGCUAUACCAGCAGCAAUCAAUCAUUACCGGCAUUAACAACGCCAAUCCCCCCUCUCAAACCCAGCGUCGACGAGCUCGAACUCAUGCACCAGUUCACCGCAGAAACAUACCAGAGCCUCUGCGUCAACGAGAACGAGAUCCGGACCUGGCAGGUCCUUGUUCCCAGGCUCGCUCUGAAACACCGCUACCUCAUGCACGGCAUCCUAGCCCUGGCAUCCCUCCAGAUCGCCACAACGCGCGAACCCCCGGAUGCCGCGCUGGCAUACAUCGACGCCGGCCUCGAAUACCACAGUCUCAGCCUCGAACCCUUCCGAAUCGCCAUAGGCAAUCUAACGCCUGAAAACUGCGAUGCCGCUCUCGCGCAGUCUGUCGUUACCACGGCGAUCAGUCUCGCCCUGCCGCAGGUCACGGCGGCGCGGGAACUGCAGCGCGAGAAUCGGGAUACGCAGGCGCAGCCCCAAGCACAGCCCCAGGCGCGCAGUGGACUAAGCAUGAGCGUCACAGACAACAUCCUCACCGUCUUCGAGCUCCUACAGGGCGUAAAAAAAAUCUUCUAUUUCGGCAAGCGCCAGGCCUGGAUUAAUCUCGGGCUCUUCAGCAAGGGCGAGUUCUGGCGGAAAGACUGCGUCACGAAACUUGACCCCGAUACGGACGGUGCGCUGGAGAAGCUCGCGGAUUUAAACGCCACACUCCAGCAUCCAAAUGACGGGGGUGGUGCUGGACGUGGAAGCGUGAACCCCGACGUCAUCGCGCACCUCCGCCACUGCUUCAUGAAGUUCGCGUGCUCGCCGGAUCCGGCGCCCGUGCUGGCGUGGCUUGCGGCGGUGGAUGUGGGCUUCGUUGAGAGUUUACGGCGCCGCGAACGCUUGGCGAUGCUUGUGCUUGCGUACUGGGGGAUUCUGCUGGGCGAGUUGGACGGCCAGGAGCAUCGGUGGUGGGCGAGGAAUUCGGGACGCGUGCUUGUGGGGGAGGUCUUGGGGGGUUUACCUGGGCUGGGAGUAGGACUGGGUCCGGGGGUAGGUACUCGGACUGGGACGGAGAAUGAGCUGGAGGCGCGAGGGUGGGGUGAUUGCUUGGCUUGGGUGAGGCGCAGGGUAGGGGAUAUUCCGCGGCCGAGGACUGGUGGGGAGGAUGGGGAUGGACGGCUUAGGAUGUUGUUCCAGGCGGGGAUUUAUGUUCCGCCGCCGAUAUCGUGA